GAGGAUAGCCCUGCUGCGGCUGCUUCUCCUCCUGCCGAAGAGAUGGCGUCCCCAAAAGUUGAGGGACAGAAGGGGGAGGAGAAGGAGGAGGAGAAGCCCGAGGUCAAGACCCAGGCUGUUUCACAGAGCAACAAGGAGGAGCUUCCUCCACACAGGUCGCAUGACCCGUCUAACAACCUCAAGCGAUCCGAUCCCUUCCAGUUUGGAAGCCGGUACCUGGAGGCGGGAGAUAAUGUCUACGAGUUCAACGCCUGGGAUCACGUCGAGACUGAUGACGUAUACAAGGAGUAUGCUGAGAAGCAAUACGAGAUGCAACGUCAAUCUCCCGUCUCCGACUUUGACAAGAGCAGAUUCAAUUCCAACCCAGAAAAGUGGUGGAAUUUAUUCUACAAGAACAACACGUCCAACUUCUUCAAGAACAGAAAAUGGCUACAGCAAGAGUUUCCCGUGUUGGCUGAGGCAACCAAGGAAGACGCUGGUCCCAUGGUCCUGCUAGAGAUUGGCGCUGGCGCCGGUAACACUGCCUUCCCCGUGCUGGCCAACAACAACAACCCGCAGCUUAAAAUUCAUGCGUGCGACUUCUCCAAGACAGCCGUAGAGGUCAUGCGCAAUAACGCGGCGUACGACACGAAGCACAUACAGGCCGAUGUGUGGGAUGUGGCGAGCGACAGCCUGCCGCCCGGGCUGGAAGAGGGCUCCGUAGACGUGGCCAUCCUCAUUUUCAUAUUCUCGGCCUUGUCGCCCGACCAGUGGGCCCGGGCGGUCGACAACGUCCACCGCGUGCUGAAACCAGGCGGGCUGGUCUGCUUCCGCGACUAUGGAAGAGGUGACCUCGCCCAGGUGCGCUUCCGCAAGGGACGUUAUCUGGAAGAGAAUUUCUACAUUCGCGGUGACGGCACGCGCGUCUACUUUUUUGACAAGGAUGAGCUCGCAGGUAUCUGGUGUGGCCACACCCCUCAACGUGACGGUGAUGAGCAGCAGGUCGACAGCAACAACGGCCGAGCACUAGCAGGCGAUUUCACUCCUAAGUUCGAGGUUGAGAAUCUCGGUACCGAUAAUCGGCUACUCAUCAACCGGAAGGAGGAGAAGAAGAUGUAUCGCUGCUGGUUGCAAGGCCGUUUCCGAAAGAAAUAG